GGAGGAUAAGUGUGCUAAAUAAGCUGCGCUAUCGUACAGCUACAAUUUCAGUUAACAGUUGUAUCAAUCCUAUGUUUAAUUUAAAUCAAUUUUUAAAAUAUGCUUAACAUGCAUUGAUUUUAACUAAACAAUAAAUUUAAAAAUAAUUUGUGAAAAGUUUAAGGAAAAAAAAUUAACGUGAUUCAAAGCCUCUAAUUUAGAGAGCAACCUUUAACCUGAAUCUCUAUUUCAUAAUUUUUAAGCUAUUUCGUUGUAAUCAGUGCCAAAAAUUUCGUAGGAUCGUUGGAACUCCAAAUUACCUGUAAAAUUGAUUGGCUAUUGAUAUUUGCUUUACCAAGUUGGCAAAAUUUACAAUUGUUAUGGUCCCUAGAUAUUCAUUGGAUGAUUCUUGAUUUUUAAUAUGACUGACCGGGCUGAAAUUCGUAGGAUCCAGGAGGAGGAGCUGAAGGCAUUGAAAGCAAUUUACAUCGACGAGUUAGAAGAUUGCCGAGAAAAUAAAGGUUCUAAAGCUAAAUGGAAACCUGUUGAGGUUAAAAUUAAAGUUAAGCCCCAUGGCGAUGAAGUGCAUGUCUCUUGUAGUUUACAUAUUUGUUGUGGACCAAACUACCCUGAUACUACUCCACAAGAAUUGAAUGUCGUCGACUGUCGAGGUUUAUCAGAUAGUUUGAAACAAGAGCUAUUGGACAAGUUGAGAGUUAUUGCUUAUAAAUCUAAAGGCUCGGAAGUAAUCUACUCUUUGAUUGAUUGCACUAGAGAUUUUUUAACGGACCACAAUGAGCCUAGUCCCACAUCUUUCUACGAUCAGAUGGUCAGUAAUCGUCGAAAGAUUGCGGAAGAAGAAGAAAAGAAACGUUUAAUUGAAAUUAACAUGGCUAAAUUGAGAGAUGAAACGACAAGUAAACAUAUUCAAGAGGAAAUUCAAAGGAAACAGAUGGUUUUGAGACAAGAAUCAAGAUUAAGAAGAGAAUCAUUUAUUGAUGAUAUUAUGCCACCAUCGCCGCGAAAAACUCCAUAUUUUCCUUUUGAUGAUAACCAAAAUUCACAACCACCAUGCCUCGGACAUAAAACCACUCGAUUGAAAAUGGAGUUAUACAAAGAAAACAAAGAAUUUUGCAUUCUUCGAGGAAAUUGUGUUCUUCAUGAUAAUUGGAAUAAUUCCAUUCAUUACAUCGCCAUGAAUGAAGAUUUAGGACUGAAUUGUCUUCUCACCGAAUGGGUUGCUAGUUGGAAGGAUAUAGAAAUCUCGCCAGCAACAGUUUACAAUUUGUUUAAAUCGUGUGAAAAAGAAAUUACCCAAUCCGUAAUGAGUUUGAAGCAUUCCAAUUUAAUUAUACCACUGUCAUUUGGGUUCUCCAUGGAAAAAGAACGAUCCUACCUCAGAUUACUUAAUCCACUCGUUAACGGAUGUAGACUCUGUGAAUUACCUUCUUUGAUGAAAGGAGACAAAUUGGAUGAAAGUUAUAUCAAAAGAAUGAUGAAUGAUGUACUCGAAGGUUUGAUUUACCUUCACAAACAAGAUAUUAUCCAUGGCGAUCUUCGAGACACUGUGAUUAUAAUCGAUUUCCGAGAUAGUUUAUGUAAAUUAGCAAAUUUUUUCGUCGAUGCCAAAAUUAGAAAUCUCCAGUUCACUCUUACUUCCCACUCAUCGGAAUCUAAGUCAUCUGAAACUGAAGAUACUGAUAUUUAUCGUUUUGGUUUAAUUUUAUUGUGGCUUUCAACCGGUUGGCCAAAUACAUUUACUCAUUUGUGUUCCAUGACCUGUGCUGAGCUGGUUAGUAAUUAUCUCUCGUCCUAUGAUCUUUCUAUGGAGGUUUCAGAUCUCAUUUCUAAAUGUUUGAGAGCCAACAUUUUCAAUGAUACUGAAGAAAUUCGAAGUCAUUCAUUCUUUUAUCAACCUGGCCGUUCUCGAAGCAAUACAGAGACUCGAAGUCCACUUCAACAUUCUAGUCGUCGUCCUCACAGCUCGCCAGUUGUUGACAUAAAAGACGAAGAAAGUGAAAAAUCAUCUAAGCAAUUGUUGAGCAGCUUAAUGGUCUCAUCUGAAACAUUAGGAUCAAGAUUAACCGAUUAUGAAAUUCUCAGUAUUCUUGGUUGUGGGGGUUUUGGUGAAGUUUACAAAGUUAGGAAUAAAUUGGAUCAAUGUUAUUAUGCAUUGAAAAAGAUUCCCAUAAAAGCAUCCAAUGUGAACAUAAAUAGGAAGAUUAUCCAUGAAGUUAAAUAUCUGUCCAGACUUAAUCAUGAAAAUGUAGUUCGUUAUUAUGGAACUUGGAUCGAAACAGAGAAUCGAGAAAAACGAAAUGAUUCUAUUGAAUCGGAUUUAACAACAGAAGCAACAGUUAUCCGUAAAAGUCAACCAAGCGAUGGAAUAAAAGAUUCAUCAGAUGAAGAAAGCUCAGAUGAAGAUUAUUCUGAUCAUGAACUAUUCUCAUCUUCUCAUCUAAAUUUUCAACAGCCAUCACUUUCGGAAAAUUACAUUGUUUAUGAAAGAGAGCCAGGCGAUGAAACACCACAAGAUUCACCUUCCGAAUCCAAAGAAAAGUUGGAUGUUACAAAAUCUAAAUCAGAGAAACAACCUCGUUAUAAUCAUGUUAUGUAUAUACAAAUGGAGUUGUGCGAAAAAAAUACUUUACGUAAUGCAAUCGAUUCAUCUGGCUUGGCAAACAACCCUUCACGUCGUCGUAGACUAUUUCGAGAGAUUGUUGAAGGCUUGGUCCAUAUUCACGAGCAUCAUAUUAUUCAUAGAGAUCUCAAGCCUGGCAAUAUUUUCUUGGAUUCUCGGGAUCAUGUUAAAAUUGGUGACUUUGGUCUAGCAACCAAAGCUGAAUUUGUGUUAUCUGGUGAUGUUGUUGAUAGCUUGGAAUCAAUCUCUGGUGGCUUAGGCUCAGGUGGAUCAUUUCAAUCAGGAUUAGUUGGUACAUUUCUUUACAUGGCACCUGAACUUAAAUUUAAGAAAGCCGCUGGUUCCAAAAUAACUUAUACUCAAAAAGUGGACAUCUAUUCUCUUGGUAUUAUUUUAUUUGAAAUGUGUUAUCCGCCAACAGAAACCAAGUCGGAAAGAAUAAAAGUUCUUAGUGAUUUACGUGAACCUGAAAUUAAACUGCCUCCUGAUGCUGAUCAAUGUCUUUCUAAUGAGGAAGUAUCUUUACUCAAAGUACUGUUGCACCAUGAUGUUAAUGAACGCCCAACAUCUACCGAGUUAUUAAAUAGUCCUUAUCUUCCACCACCACAAAUCGAAGAAGAGGAGCAGAAAAAUGUGAUUCGUGAAGUGGUCAACAAUCCUCAAAGUAAAACUUACCAUUAUCUGUUGAACCUUUUAUUCAACCAAGAAUCAGAUGUAGUAGAUGAUGUGGUCUACGAUUUCAAUGAAGAGGUGUCUCAUCGAGAUGAAUGUAAAAGAGCAUUUGCUGAUCCAGUGAUUAAACAGCGUGCUUUUCAAUUUGUAACAACAACUCUAACAAAUGUAUUUCAACGUUAUGGAGCUAUUCGUUUUUCUGUUCCAACUUACAUGCCUUCACUGUCAGCUCAAUAUUACAAAACUAAUGAUGUUUUUAGAGUUAUGGACGCAACUGGAAGUGUCAUUUGUCCUCCGUAUGAUUUACGAGUUCCGUUUGCACGUUACAUUGCUCGUAAUAGGAUCUCCAAUUUUCGUCGUUAUUCAAUUGAAAAAGUUUACCGAGGAAGAAAGAUGUCUUACCAUCCAAAAGAAAUCUAUGAAUGUGCCUUUGAUAUUGUUUCUGCCAAAUUGAAUCAAAAUGCAACCAUUAUUGCUCAAUUCGAAAUAAUCAAUUUGCUCAAUGAUAUUCUCCAUGAAUUCAGCUGCCUCAAAAAUAAAUCAUUUGUUCUUCGAUUAAAUAAUGUCGAUCUCCUGAGAGGAUUACUGUAUUAUUAUGAAGUUCCCGAUGAGAAACAUUCACUCGCCAUGGAAAUAAUUGCUGAAUCAAUUGAUAAAAGCCUUAAAUUCACAAGUCAUUCCAGAGAUGUUUGCGAAGAUGAAGGUACAACUCCAAUCACUAUUUUAUCUAAAUCAUAUUUGUGUAAAAGAUUUAGAAAGGAAGAUAUCACCAAAACAAGCCGAUUGAAUAAUUUGAUGAAAAUCUUGGAACAAGAAAAAGAAUCUGUAGAGGAUUUGAAAACAUGUUUAAAUCUAUAUUUAAGAAAAAAACAGCCUCAUCAUUUGAAAGGAAUCGAGUUGAUCAACCAAUCAAUUGAAGAAAUGGAAAAGGUUGUCAAUAACUUGGUUACCUGCAAUAACAAUUUAGUCGUUAAGCUCAAAUUUUCACCCAUCAUGCUGUCUCGUUAUUAUUCGGGUUUGAUCUUUCAACUUGAAGAAGAAACGACCCAAAGAAAAAAUUUCCGCAAUAUAAUCGCUAUUGGAGGUCAAUACGAUAAAUUAGUUAAAGAGUUUACAAUACCAACAAACAAUGAUGAGGAUAAAACUGGAUCAGUGGCUGUUGGUUUGUCGCUAGGAGUUGAACAAAUUACACGAUUUGUUGUUGAAGAUGAAGUAAAAUUGUCAACUAAUUCAGCCGGUAUCUGUGAUAUUGUUAUCUACCUAUCUGAGAAUGAUUCAAAUUUGAUUCGUGAUAUGAAUCGUAUUACUAAAGAGUUACGAGCAUGUGGGAUUCGUGCCAUUCCUUAUGGAGAAGAUUCUUUCGACUCUGUUGAUCAGCUUCAUGUUUAUUGUGAAGAGAAUCGAGUUAAAUAUUCAAUUGUCUUGAAUCGGAUAAAAGAAAAUACAAAUCAAAAAGAUGUUAUUGGAGUAAGAAUAUUUCAUAUUGAUAAAGAGCGAAGAAUUAUUGAAAAGAAAUGUGGCCGAAUGACAAUCGCUGAGCUUGUUGAUACAAUCAAAGUGUUUAUUGGAUUUAGAGAUUCAUCAAAUUUCCAAUCUCUCAAUGAUGGUUCUCAUCAAAGAUCUGAUUCCUCUGCUCGAACCGUAUCUCAAUCCGAUUCUUCAGGAACUAUUCAUGUCAAUGCUUCAAACUUUACCUCACUGCUGUCAUCAAUUAACCUUCGUUUUUUCCCAAUAGAAAACAAAUUCAUGAUCAAUCACAAAAAACGUUUUUCUGCUCAGAUAAAUUCCCUUCUCACAUCAACUCUUGCAUCAUUCAGUGUUUUUAACAAUUCGACCAUCGAGGUGUUUGCUUUGGAUCUUCCAUUCAAAAUAGUCAAAUCAAUUGUUGCCGAUAUUGAAUUUGGCGAUUCCAAUAAUCAAACAAUUAACAGACUUACUUUUGAGCAAAGUUGUAAGCAAAUUGUUGACAAACACCCAAAACAUCGAUCGUAUUUGCGAGAUGUUCUCGAGGUUAUUUAUUCAUACAGAUUGGAAAGGCAAUCUACUUUGCUCACUUUAGUCGCUUAUAAUCAAAUGCAGCUAAUUAUUUUUACCUGAUUUUGUACAAAAAAACAUGAAAUACUUUGUGAUAAAUCUUUUCAAUAAAUCUGUAAACAAUAAUCAUUAAAUUUACUUUUU